AAAACUUAUUUUUUCAUACAAAAUGAGAAACCAAGUUCCAGCGAGGCCGCACGGCAUCAGGUAAAAGAAGCGUGAAACGUCGAUGGACGAUGGUUUUUGUUCCUUUUUCUUCUCUCUCUAUUUUAUGUUAUUGUUUGAAUUUUAUUAAUUACCUCACCUCAAAUAAUUUCUCAUUCACAGCUCCUUUACAUUUACAGAAACUCACCACUCUCCCCACAAACAAUCAACAAUCAGAUCUGCCUUUCCCCUCCUCUCACUAAACAACAAGGCAACAAAAACCAUAACACCCCAAUUUUUGUUGUUGUUUUUCUACAGUUUCCGAUCACUGGCGUCGCCGUUCGCUGCCUCAUUUCGAGUUUCCGAUUCUUUUUCCAGUGUAUGAAUCGGCCCUUCUCUCCGUUUUCUUCGCAGCGCGGGCCGGUGGAUCUAUUGAUUGCCAGCAGGUGAAGAAAAAGGCGCUUUUUCUAGUGGGUUUUGUUUAUAGUGCGAGGUAGGGAGAUAUAUAUAGAAAAUCGGAGAGAUGGAGGGGGAGAAGAAAUCGUCGGCGUCGGCGGUGUCCGAUAUGGGCGCGUGGGCCAUGAAUGUGAUCAGCUCCGUCGGGAUUAUCAUGGCUAAUAAGCAGCUCAUGUCCUCCAACGGCUAUGCUUUCACCUUUGCAUGUGGUUUAGCUUCUAUUUUGGAGGAUGCCUUUUUCCUCAUGCUCUCGACAACUUUAACUGGUUUUCACUUUGGUGUUACUGCACUUGUUGGUAUGAUAUCAAAUGCUACGGGGUUGUCGGCAUCAAAGCACGUGCCUUUUUGGGAACUUCUCUGGUUCUCAAUUGUAGCAAAUCUUUCGAUCACAGGGAUGAAUUUGAGCCUCAUGCUAAACUCAGUCGGGUUUUACCAAAUCUCAAAGCUGAGUAUGAUUCCUGUAGUCUGCGUCAUGGAAUGGAUCCUUCACAACAAGAAGUACUCAAAUGAAGUUAAAAUGUCUGUUGUGGUUGUAGUUAUAGGCGUUGGCGUUUGCACUGUGACCGAUGUCAAAGUGAAUGCCAAAGGGUUUCUUUGCGCUUGUGUGGCAGUUUUUGCAACAUCUUUACAGCAAAUUUCCAUAGGAUCCCUGCAGAAGAAGUAUUCUAUCGGAUCAUUCGAACUGUUGAGCAAAACAGCUCCCAUCCAGGCUUGCUCUCUCCUUGUGCUGGGCCCCAUUAUCGACUACUAUCUUUCCGGAAAAUUGAUUUUCGACUACAAUUUUGGCGGUGGAGCCAUUUUAUGCAUACUUCUCUCGUGUUCACUGGCCGUUUUCUGCAAUGUGAGCCAAUACCUCUGCAUUGGACGUUUUUCUGCUGUGUCCUUUCAAGUCUUGGGCCACAUGAAAACCGUAUGUGUCCUCACGUUAGGAUGGCUUCUGUUCGACUCAGAACUGACUUUCAAGAACAUAUUGGGAAUGGUUGUUGCAGUUGUUGGCAUGAUCAUUUACAGUUGGGCAGUGGAAGUUGAAAAGCAGCAAGGCAAUAAAUUGAUCUCUCAUGCGAAAAGCAGCUUGACAGAGGAAGAAUUUAGGUUGCUGAAGGAGGGUAUAGAGACGAUCCCUCUCAAGGAUGCCGAGCUUGUCUGGGAACAAUGGGGUGGGACAGAGGAGGAGGGGAAAGCAGUGAUUGGUUUUUUACGAAGUUUGUGGCGACAGAGAAGUCAUCUUCAAAUUCGGAAAAGAGGAAAGUGGUCCGAGGAGUUCGGUUCAGAACCAGAAGAGCAAGACUCAACAAUCACUGAGUUCGGCUUAGGCGAACCUGGCUCCAAAGAGUCAGGUACAUUGCUUGGUCCCGCUUCAGGGAAAGAGGAGGGGCCAGAGAUUUGGGUCGGGUAA